CACCUACUCUCACAUCGCGUUCGUGCUCUCUGCCAACGCCAACCCCGACGCCCUCCCGCCCUCCCCUCCUCAUCCUUCACGAUGCGUGUCUGCUCGGCGUCCGCAGCGCGCUUCAUUACACUCAUUUCUUUCGCGCUCCUUUCCUCACACUCUUUCAUCUUGGCAAACGCUCAGAGCACCACCGAUCUGGGCAGCGGCAUUACCAACGACCUUCCUGGGUCGUCGUCGACGCAGGCAUCUGUGCCUGUGACUAGCCCUUCUUCAACGCCCGAGGCAUCGACGUCUACGCCUACGACGACCAGCGAGCCGCCAACCACUACGUCCCAAACCCCGACCACAACAUCGACCCGGUCAUCCACUGCCGCUCCUGUGACCACUAGUGCGACGCCCGAUACUCAGUCUACCACCUCAUCCACGUCCUCCGACACCGACUCUGCCACCCAGUCCUCGUCUUCUUCGUCCUCGUCUUCCUCUUCGUCCUCGUCCUCUUCUUCGAGCACCACUUCAUCUUCGUCCACUUCCUCUUCUACUUCCUCCUCGUCCUCCUCGACGGGAGUCACCCUAGUCAAGACCACAGCUACUGCGACUACCACGUCCGCCUCGUCGCGCCAUGUCUCCACAGGCACCGACACGACGGCCUACACAUGGCUUUCUCCCACUGCUUCCGAUGCCGCCGCUGCUGCGAACAACGUAUCAGCAUCAUCCAACAGCUUCUUUGACAACAAGGGUGCCGUCGCAGGAACCUUCUCCGUCGUUGGCGUAGUCGUCGUCGGAGCAAUCAUCGUCGCGAUCCUCUACGCCAAACGUCGCGCUGCGCGUCUGCAAGAUGAGGAGGACAUGACGUACUUCGAGAAGUACAAUGCCGGAAACGACAACAUGAACGAUGGUGUUGGGGAGAUGAGCUUCGGCAACGAUAACCCGAACGAGGCACAGAUGACGACCCACGCUGCUCAGGACGCAUACCCUGAUCGUUCGAUGCACUACGGCCUUCCGACGAUGGACGAGUACGCCCAGCCCCAGCCUAUGGGCAUACCGUAUGGCGCCGCCGCCCCCGUCGUCGCCACUGGCGCAGGCAUGGAAUACCCCGCUGGCACCGCCUAUGCUCGUGCCCAGGCUCAGCAAGGCCAGCAGUACCAGUACGAAGGCUACGGCACCGCCGCCGCCACCGGGUACGGCCAGGACUACAACACCCAAGGCCAAUACCAGGACGCGUACUACGAGUCGCGCCAGUCCCCGAGCUCGCCCACGCACCCGUACGCCGACCCGCGCAACUCGCCCCGGCAGGAGGGGGCCCCUGCCGUGCAGCAGCACCAGGCGUCCUACGUUGACCUCGUCCAUGGGGAGGCGCGCUGAAGCCUGGGCUGAAAAGCCCACGCGCCGGUGAUAAACCUGGUGGCUUCCCGGACACGUUCGCUGCGUCCGGACAGCCUCGCACAGCGCGCGGGCGAUAUACCCACCACAGACCCUCCACAAGAUAUCAUUCCGUAUAUAUAAGGCGAGCGCUUCUUGCUCACACCUUCGCCCGCUCGCCUGUCGGCCCCCACUACUUUGUUCGGCACCCAACUCUUUUUUGCGGCUCCCUGGUUCCCCCGGCUCGCGAUUUCGGUGCCUCCUGUGCCUGUACGUCUAUAUGGGUCCACGAUGCAUGACUUUUUUGUGUGUUUGUGUUUGUAUACCUACCCCCCUGCCGCUUCCUCCUCCCCGGACUUCCGUCCAACCUUUGUCACUCGUAUGGAUUCGCACGUCUCGGUACUUACUGGGACUCGUUUUGUGUGCGCAAUGACACCACCGCAGAAAUUAGCACCUACUACCUGUACGUUCUAC